AUAAUUCGGUAAAGAAAUUUCUGGUAAAUUAAAACCUCAAACUCUUAUAAAGUUAGUAAUACCUCAUUGUGAAAUAGUUUAUUAAUUAAAAAGAUGACUUCAGAAAUUGAUCUUUCUGGUGAUGGUGGAGUAUUAAAAAAUAUUCUGAAGGAAGGUGAAGGGUUAGAGACACCAUGUGAUGGAUGUACAGUUAGCUUGCAUUAUACUGGAACUCUAGUUGAUGGAACAAAAUUUGAUUCAAGCUUAGAUCGCAAUGAACCAUUUGAAUUUGGAAUUGGCAAGGGCCAAGUCAUUAAAGCCUUCGAUCUCGGUGUAAGCUCAAUGAGAAAAGGAGAAAAAUGUGUAAUAACUUGUGCUCCAAAUUAUGCUUAUGGAGUCACUGGCAGUCCACCAACAAUCCCUCCCAAUGCAACACUCAAAUUUGAGCUGGAAAUGCUUGGUUGGAAAGGCCAAGAUCUUUCAAAGAAUGGUGACGGUGGAAUUGAAAGAUUCAUUGUAGUGAAGAGCGAUAAAAAGAAAACACCAAAUGAUGGGGCUUUUGUCAAAUGCCAUAUUAUCGGUCGAUUUGAAGACAAAAUAUUUGAAGAUCGUGAUAUUGAAUUUAAUAUCGGUGAGGGUGAAGAAUUUGGUGUCAUAGAUGGUGUUGAAACAGCGCUCGAAAAGAUGUGUCAAGGAGAAACUUCACGUCUAAUAAUUAAACCAAAGUAUGCAUUCGGAUCGGAUGGUAACGAGCAAUUCAAGGUUCCUCCAAAUUCUACUGUUGAGUACACAGUGACACUCAAUGACUUCGAAAAAGCUGUCGAAUCAUGGAAGUUGGAUAAAGACGAAAGUCUUGAGCAGGCAAAAUUGUUCAAGGAAAAAGGAACAAACUAUUUCAAACAAGACAAGUUUAAAAUGGCCCUGAAAUUCUAUGAGAAAAGUCACUCAUUCUUAUCAAACUGCGAUACAUCUGUGGAUGGAGAAGCGAAAACUCUUUCUUUGUCUGUUUAUUUGAACAAAUCACUUUGUCAUCAAAAACUCAAUGAUUUGGAUGAAGUUCGACAUGCUUGUGACGAAGCUCUCAACUUAGAUUCAAAAAAUAUCAAAGCUUUGUAUCGACGUGGUCAAGCUCAUUUAACUCUUGGCGAAGUUGAAAAAGCUCUUUUUGAUUUUGAUCGAGUUCAUGAAUUGGAACCAGAAAAUAAAGCUGCAAUCAAUCAAAUAACCAUCUGCAAGCAAAGGAUUAAGAAAUAUCAUGAAGAGGAGAAAGCUCGUUACAAGAACAUGUUCUCGCGCUUCGCAGCUGUUGAUGGAACUAAAGAAAGAAUUCAAGCUCUUCACGCACCGGAUGUCAUGAGCAACACCAAAUUUGGUGAGUGGCGAGCAGAAGAACGCGACCAUCCAGCGACAACAUUCGAAAAGGAAAAUCCCGAUAUUUUGAUGUGUCAAAAUGAGUUUACUGAAGUACUUAAGAAUAUUUCAAACGUGUGGGAGAACCGGUUUAUUGGCUCUACUACAGUUAAGCUAAAAAACUUAAUAUUAAACAAUUCGGAAAUGGUUCAACAGUUGAAAACCGAAAGUUCUUCCGGGUUUGCAUCUACGUGGGGACAAUUCAACUCUCCAGGGAUUAAUCAAGUGUUGAAUGGGGGAAAUAGAUCAAUUUCCGGAGGGCUUGGAACAAAUAUCUUCGAAACUAUGUUUCAAUGGAAUAUCAUGGAGUUUGCUUAUCCGACAGAAAGACUGAGAAGUCAAGCGUUAAGUAGCAGACAAUAUAUUCCCAGAAAUAUUGCCCCCUUAGGAAUUGCUGCCACACAUAAUCGCGUAUUUAUCUCCACUCCCAGAUGGAAUGAUGGAAUACCAGCUUCAUUAAGUAAAAUUGAUUUACCAGCUUAUAGUCAAAGCCCCGCUUUGCAACCUUACCCCAGUUGGAAUCAUCAUUCACCCACAACAAACCCAGAUUGUUCCAAACUUCUCUCAGUUUAUAGAUUGACAAUUGAUGAAUGUGGAAGGCUGUUCGUCAUUGAUUCAGGAAUUGUGAAUGCUUUGACAAACUUACAACAACUCUGUCCACCUAAAAUUGUUGCAUUUGAUCUGGCAACAGAUCAGCAAGUUCUCUUAUACGAGUUUCCACCUGAUCAAGUGUUACAAGGUUCACUUCAUACGAAUAUUGUUGUUGAUGUAAGGAACGGCCAAUGCAAUCGCGGUUUUGUUUAUGUUAUGGAUGUGUGGCGUAAUGGAAUUGUCGUUUAUGACAUACAACAAGGGACUUCGUGGCGUACAAUGCAUCACUUUUAUAACUCGGAUCCAUUUUCAAGUGAUUAUAAUUAUAAAGGCAUAAACUUUCAAUGGACCGAUGGAGUCUUUGGAGCUUCUUUAAGCCCUCUGAAUAAACCAGAUGAAGAUCGAAUUCUUUACUUCCAUCCUAUGUCCAGUAACUAUGAAUUUGCUGUGAGAACUUCAGUGCUGCAAAACCAAACUGCAUGGACUACUAGAACAGCUCUGUCUCAAGCUUUCAUUCCAUUAGGAAUGCGAGGACAGAAUGGACAGUCAUCAACUACAGCAAUGGCUCCUACUGGAGUUUUAUUUGCUGCUCAAAUUCAACUUGAGGGUGUCAGUUGUUGGGAUACAAGAAAACCAUAUAAUCUUAACAACAUUCAAAUGAUUCAACGUGAUUCUGACCUGCUAGGGUUUGUUAACGACCUGAAACUUGACACCGACCGUGAAAGUAUUUGGGCUGUAUCGAAUAACUUACCAACUUUCAUUUAUGGCAACCUUGAUUAUUCUCAAAUUAAUUUUCGAUUAUUACGUGCGAAUGUUCUACAAGCUAUCACAAAUACAAUUUGUGAUCCACAAGUUAACGCUAAUCUAGCACCAGUAAUAUAAAAUCAAAAGAGCAGAAUUUUUACAUGAAAGAUUUUAUUGUGUUCAAUUUAAAUAUUUCUGCGAAGACUUACACUCAGUCACAUGAUGUGGUUUUUGGUAUAAAAUUAAUUCAUUUAUGCAAUUAUCGUUACUUAAUAAUAAAUUUUGUAUUAAUAACUUUUCACAUUCUGUUUUGCUUUCAUUUCAUUGAUUAGAGACUUUUUAAUUUGGACGUUUCAUUUUUGUGCAGCACAAUGAAGCAUGCAAUUGUCAUAUCGUGUAAUUUUAAUUAAGUAAUUACCAUUCACCAUUCCUUGGUAAUUACUAAAGUAAGUAACAAAAUGUUUG